AUGAUGAACCAACAAGGCUUAGAGGAUAUAGAAAUGGCUAGACAAAUGACGACAAAUGGAUGCUUCAGUAAAGCCUUUGACUUGUAUAUUAUGGCUUUCGAGAAGAAUGUAGCAAUUAAAUCAGCAUAUGAAAGUGAAUUCCGUUUGGUGAUGACUCAAUUGAACGAGGUUCUGAUGACGGCCAAUAAAAUGGAAGAUGUAUUUAUCAACUACACACGCGCUCUAAUGACAUUCCCUAACAGUAUUAUUAUAUUAAAUGACAUGGGCAAAUUCCUCUUCAAAUGUGGAUUCUACGAAAAAGCUUGGGAGCAUUUUGAGGAGGCACUUAAUUUAGAUUAUACCUAUGUAAAUGCAGAAAAAAAUUUCAAUUCUCUUAAAAAUCUUCUUGUUGAGCGCUGGCACUUCAGGAUGCUUAAUGACAAAGUCCGAAACGAAGCUUACCGUGCCGCCAUACAUGAGACAGUUAUACCUCGUGUUGAUACUAUUCUGGACCUGGGAACAGGCACAGGCUUGUUGACAGUGUAUGCAUCUGAAUGCUCCCCGAGGAUUAUCACUGCUUGUGAUGGUUCUAAAGUUAUGAGUGACUUGGCAACUUCAAUUACCCAAGAAAAUGGGUGUGAACACUGUAUCAUUGUCAAUAAACUGUCAACAGAGAUGCAGUUACAAGACGCAGGUGGUAAGAGAACACUGUUACUAACAGAGGUGUUUGAUGCAGGAUUGUUUGGGGAACAUGUUCUUCAAUCUCUUAUCCAUGCUUGGGAAAACAUGCUGACAGAUAAAGCCAGGGUCAUUCCCAGUAAGGCGGAGUUCUUUAUAAUUGGUGCCAAAUGUGAUUUUCUGCAUAAAAGAUAUCAGCUGUGUUCAUCAAUCAAAGCCACUCUAAAUGUUCAAAAUAUGAAUGUGCAUGUGUUGACCUUUGAUGAGACAUAUGAUUGUGAAGAUGUGCAUUUUUAUGGUGAUGAUAUCAAGUACAUCACAGAGGCCAAGUCUCUGGUGUGUGUGGACUUCAACAACUGCCAAGAGUUAAAGAACCUAAUAGAGAUGGACCAUUGUGAAGUUGAGAUGGUGGUGCAAGAAACUGGUGAGAUUAAUACUGUGAUUGGCUUUUUUAAUUUAUAUUUAACAGAUAAUGUUACUAUAACUACAGACCCCAGAUCUGACCGGAGAGCUAAUGCAUGGCAACAAGCAAUCUUUUAUGAUAAAAUACCUGUACAAGUGGUGGAAAAUGAUAUCAUCCCAAUGUAUUUUUCACUAAAUGGUGGCAAGUUGACUAUGUACAAAGAUGAUUCUAUUAUCAGAAUUUCCCCAGAAACAAUCAGAUUCCUAAAUGACAUUGAAUAUGUAAAUACAAUAGCUGGAUGUAUUGGGACAACCUGCAUUUAUCUAGGACAGAUGGCAGAAAUGUCUCAAAUAACUGUAGUUGACUUGUGUCCGUUUCCUGUGUUUGGCCUAUAUCUGUUGAUGAGGGGAGCAAAGUCACUGACAUGCUGUGCUAAAACUGACAGUGAUAAAGAAUUUUUCGAAAUAGUUUUUGAAUGCAAUAAUGUCCCUUUGUCAAACAUAACUAUUUUGAUAGGCGAUGAGUGGUCACAAGAAGGCUUCAAGGAUGAAAAGUUCCAUGCUAUAUUUUGCAAUAUUUUUGAAGUUUGUGGUGAAAUAGACUUGCGCUUGAAAGCAAUGGCUGAGCACUUGAAACAGCACCAUUUAAUUCAGGAAGGGCUUUUCUUGCCCGCCAGCAUUAAGCUAAUGGGUCAAAUAGUCAAGAGUCAUUGGCUGGAUAUAAACAACAAAUUGUAUGAUGAGAAUGUCAGCAACUACAAGAUAUCUAAGCACUUGAACCCAUACCAAGUGACACAGAAUUUUUGCAUUGACUUCGGCCAUUUGGAGUACACUCCAUUAUCAGAGGUCUGCGUGUUUGGAACAAGUGAUAGUACAGAAGGUGUUGAAGUAAUUGAUGUCCCAAUAAUUAAAGAUGGGUUAGCCAAUGCUGUGUUGUGCUGGUAUUCAAUAGAACUAGUGCAAGAUCUGAAAGAAAUAGCAACUAAUAGAAAAAAUUGUUUUAUUGAUGGAAUUGUAUUUAUCACUGAUCCGAAAAUUCGGGUCUAUCGUGGACAAUCAGCUCCAGUACUGCGGAGCGUCGACUGUGACGGUGCAUUUAAGUUAACAAUGCACUUAGAGGAGUAG